AUGGUGGCUACCCUCGUGAAGUACGCAAUAGCUGGCAUUGGCGUUGGAUUUUUAACAUAUUGUGUGUAUUUCGAUCGGAAAAGACGAAGUGAUCCACAAUUCCGAAUUAAAUUAGCGCAACGUAACUGUGCCUUUCUUCAAAAAUAACUAUUUCAGGACGCCGAGAACGAGAACUUUCUGCUAAGAAGCAGUCUAUGCCGUCAUUGCCACCCCUGAAUGAUCCCAAGGCGAUUCACCGCUUCUUUCUUGAGCAGAUUCAGCAAGGCGAAGUCGCACUCUCUACUGGUGCGAUUGAUGAAGCAGUGCAAAGUUUCGCUCUAGCUGUCGUCGUCUGCGGUCAGCCCACCCAGCUUUUGCAGGUUCUGCAGCAGUCUCUUAGUCCGCCGGUGUUCUCGAAACUAGUUUCCGCAUUGCCUGCUGUGCGAAAGGUACCCUUUUAUUUUUGUCGUUACACGCCUCUUAGAUGGUUCUGUCCACCAGCAUUCCCACAAGAGGCUCGUCCGUCGAAAUCGAAGAGGACCUCGAGUAG